UAUAGCUCCUCCCGUUUUCACUGAAGUGUUCGCUUUUGUCCAGGUGAAGGUAUAUUUUGAUUGGGGGCAGCUAUUGUUCUAGAGCGAAAGAAAAGGAGGCUGGUACGGAGGAUCUUCCUACCAUUUUAAUCAGGGGUGCAGGCGUGAACAGGGGGUUGACAUUGGAGACUGGAAUGGGAGUAGAGGAGGGGAUAGGGACUGGAUAAGGACUCAGUCAAACACUGCUGCUCACAGAAGCAACAUCACCCAGGGCUACUAUUACCAAACGGGAUUGCGAAAACUGCCACUACUGACCGACUUCAAGGAAAAUCACUACAGGAUCCUAACAAAUUUAUCAGGACAGUAGAAAAAGAAGUGAUUCACCAAACAGAAACGCCUCGCCAAGGAUUUUUCUCUGGGAAAGAUUUUUUUUCAGUGUGGUCGUGACACGUAAAAUACAGUACUUACUGCAACUAACUCUGGGGAAAUACAUUGGAGGUUUUUAUAUAUGCGUAUUUAUUUCUUUUCUACGCUCUUCUCUGCAUUUUCGGCAUCAAGCGUUUCGUCCAGCUCUGAAAGGUGCUUCUGGUGGAUACACGUUGUCCACGUUUUUUAUUUAUAUAUAAUUUUAAAUUAUUGAUAUAAAUUGACUUUGACGCUUUUAUGAACAAUCAACGUCCCAUUCUGUCAAUGAAUUAAACCUGUUAGGGGGGAGAGAGUAUAACAUUGGAUGAUCCUUGUCUUAAAACGGAUUAUUUCUCCGCUGUCUUCAAAGACAUUGAUUUGAUAGAUAUUUUCUUUUUUUCCUGUCACUCUUAUCUUCUCAAUUGUUCGUUUUUUGUGGGUUGCUGAAAAUUAUAAUAUUUCACCUUAUUCUAACGCAAGGAUUAAGAAGAAAUAAAAAUACUACGACAGUUGCCACUGGGCUGAACAGUAUCUCCCUUCAGUUGUUUGUCAGAUAAGAACCGCUAUCUCCUGCAAAGGUACUGAGGGAUUCUUGAACUAUUUCAAUUGCAGAAGGGGGCAAAUUUGUCAUAUUUUAAAUAAUCUUCAAGGACAAUCAGGCCAUUCAUUUGUUUCUACUAUUUCAAAGCAACUUCAAAAUGAGGAUCAUACCUUCAAGAUUAAGCUACCUGAUACUUCACCUCCUCGCUUUAUGCUUCCAUGCUCAGGUAACCAUUCAGUCCUCGCCUAAUUUUACACAGCAUGUGAGUGAACAAAGUAAGGUGACUGACCGGGUGAGCCGUAGGCUAAUUCGGACCUACCAGCUGUACAGCCGGACGAGUGGCAAGCACGUGCAAGUUCUGGGGAACAAGAAAAUCAAUGCCAUGGCAGAGGACGGCGACGCACACGCCAAACUCAUAGUGGAGACGGACACAUUUGGCAGCCGGGUUCGAAUUAAAGGUGCAGAAACUGGAUACUACAUCUGUAUGAACAAGCGAGGGAAGCUGAUUGGCAAGCUCCACAGCACCCUGCCUGAGGCACCAUCUGUCUGGGACCCUGAUCUUAUUCUAAGUGACAUCUCUGCAGUUGAAAGCAGAAUGUAUCGGAUUGUUCUGGGAGAGGUCUAUGUGUCGUUCUGUUGA